CCAGCAGGUUGUUGUGCUUCUGUUCGGCCACUUGAAGACGUUCAGCCCGGGUUCAGACGUCCCUGCAGCAGAUUCAGCCUUUAUUCUUAUAAGAAGACUCUGGAAUAUGCAGAAAUACAUUUCCGUGAGCCCCAAUGACGAUGUCGCUGCAAAGACUAAAAGACCUCAACAUAAGAAGUACCGCUACGUGCGUAAAGAGGGACACUGCAACGUUGUGUUCCGCCAUGUUCCCGAGGAGUGGAUGCUGUUCGUGACAGACAUCUUCACCACCUUGAUUGAGAUCAGAUGGAGGGUGAUGUUUCUUAUCUUCACUCUCUCUUACAUCCUGUCCUGGCUCUUCUUUGGCAUCAUCUACUGGGUCAUCGCUCUCGCCCACGGGGACAUCAGAGACAUAUUGAAUGAGCCCUGUGUGUACAACGUGCGAAGCUUCACAGCCGCGUUCCUCUUCUCGCUCGAGACUCAAACCACCAUCGGCUACGGCUACAGGGGAAUGUCCGAUAAUUGCAUGAUUGCCAUUAUACUCGUCGUUAUACAAGAUGUCAUCAGCUGCUUCAUCGACACCUUUAUCAUCGGAAUUGUUGUCGCCAAAAUGGCGUCGGCCAGAAAGAGAGCUCAGACGGUGGGCUUCAGCAACCGGGCAGUGAUCAACCUUCACAACGGUUACCUGUGUCUCUCCUGGAGAGUCGGGGACUUCCGCAGGAACCACCUGGUGGAGGGGACGGCCUGUGCACAGAUAGUCCGCGCCACGGUGCACACCACAGGGAAAGUGGACGUGACCUACGAGGACCUGGUCAUCCAGCAGAGCGCCAUCGUCCUGGUCACGCCCACCACCAUCUUCCACAAGAUCGAACUCGGCAGCCCUCUGUACAAGAUGAGCCUGGUGGAUCUGCGCAAAGCCGACUUUGAGCUGGUGGUUUCUUUCACCUACACGGACGACUCCACGGGAAUGCUGCACCAGAGCCGCACCUCGUACACGCCCCCUGAAAUCCUCUGGGGUCAUCUGUUCCAGGAGAUGAUCAGGGUCACUAGGAGGUUCUACAGAGUGGAUUACAUCCUCUUCAACCACACUGCGAAGGUGCUGGUGCCUGAGGUCAGCGCUGAAGACUACGAACUUAAGAAGCAGCUGCGUCCCUCUCCUCGGCAUUCACCGCGACAUUCGCCCAGAAUUUCCCCGAGGCCGUCUCCGAGGACGCAACGGAAGAAUCCACAAGACAAACCGUUGAAGCCUCCGACAGUGACGGUGGAGCUAGUGAGCGACAGCCUUCCUGAACCAACCACCUCACCUUCUCAGGCAGAGACUAAACAUCACGACACUCUGACUUUGCCAAAUGACCUCACAAGUAAUGAAGUGUAAAGCAGAGGCUUCAUAUUUUGUGAACACUACUCAUUCAGAACAAUAAAUGUUCCAGCGUCUGUGUUUCAUUUAGCAUAAAAUUAGUUUGACCUACAUUUCAGUCUUGAAAGACAGAGCUCACUCAGGUCGAUGUCGCCUGAGAUGGUUGUUGCUCAACUGACUCUGAUCGAACAGCCUAACGCUAGUGACAGCUGCCUUCACGUCUGUAGAAGAAGAGGAUUUCAUACAUAGAAUAGAGAUAUUAGGUAAGAAAAUUGAAUAUUUGAAUGUGUCUGUUUCAUGACAAUUGCUGCAGAAGCUCAAGUGAUACAAUAAAAACUCCACGAACACUUAGUAAAUGGACCUUUUUGUUGGGAUUGAUUAUUCAAUUUUUAUAUUCUUAAUUAAGUUUGAAAAAGAGAAGCUUUAACACCUGCGUAGUUUUGUGUAAAGGUCGUUCGGACAAUUGGACAAACAUUCAUUCACAGAUGAUGUUUGAACCAUCAUUUGGUUCUGGUAGUAAAACCAUCAUUAUGUUAGUUUGGCAACUAAAUAAGCAGCAACUUCAAGCCAAUCAGAAUCGAUUACAGGUAGACUCCGCCCACGUAGGUGAUGAUGACAGGACGUACGUGUGUCUGACACAAUUCGUUAGUCCCUAAAUUACAAUGAGAAACCAGAACUAACAGUUCAACUGAUAAUGGAAACAACUGAAAAGACCUGGAUCAGUCCCUCAGGUGUGUGUGUGUGUGCUUGUGUGUGUGUGUGUGUGUGUGUGUGUGUGUGUGUGUAUCUGUGUGUGUGUGUGUGUGUGUGUUUCUCUGGUCUCUGCUGAUACUAUAUUAAGCAGAAUUCACAGUGGAGACAGCACCAAUGUCCCUUAUGUGUAAAGUUUAUAUAAAACAGAUGGAACAUUUUCUUUUACAGAUUUAAUAAUGAUCAAAAAGUCAAGCAAUUCAUCAAAGCACCUCACACACGUAAUUUAAUUUAUCUGCAAUGUUCAUUGUCAUGGAAUUUAGUAAAUGAUAUUGUAUAUCCUCAAAUACUUUAUGAAUACUUUAUGGAUACAAGUGGGGGAAGGAUCUGACCCAAUGUGUUUCUGAUUUAGUUGUUAUAUAGUAUCAUUAAGCCGGUUUUAUAAAAUAUUAAAACAAUAUUGUGUAUAAGACAA